CAAACGCUUCUCCCAAAAAAAAAAAAGGGAAAAAAAAAAAGAACGAUCGUUUCCUCCAGCAACGCACGCACCGCGCGCGCGGCGGAGGCGCGCGUAUAAGGGGAGGAAGGAUGGGGCAGAGGCAAGCCAAACCCAAUCCGGCCGCGGGCCACGCGCGCGCCACCACGCCGACGCCGACGCCGACGCCGACGCGGCAAGAGCAGCGUAGCGGUCCAGAAACCGAGGGGAGGAGGGGGAGGGGCGCCGCGGCGGAGGCCAUGGACACCUUCUUCCUGUCGCACGGCUCGCCCACGCUCUCCAUCGACGACACGAUCCCGGCGCGGCAAUUCUUCAAGUCGUGGUUGCCGGCGGCGGUGGCCGGCGCCGAGCCGCCGCGGGCCAUCCUCGUCGUGUCGGGCCACUGGGAGACGGCCACGCCGACGGUCAACGUCAUCCGCGGCAACAACGACACCAUCCACGACUUCUAUGGCUUCCCCAAGCCCAUGUACCAGCUGAAGUACCCAGCGCCGGGCGCCCCUGAUGUGGCGAUGAAGACGAAACAACUCUUGGAGCAAAACGGGUUCGGGCCGGUGAAGGAAGACCACAGCCGCGGGCUGGACCACGGCGCGUGGGUGCCGCUGAUGCUCAUGUACCCGGAGGCGAACGUGCCGGUGUGCCAGCUCUCCCUGCAGGCCGGCCGCGACGGCGCGUACCACUACGAGCUGGGCAAGGCGCUGGCGCCGCUCCGGGGCGACGGCGUCCUCAUCCUCGGCUCCGGGAGCGCCACGCACAACCUCCGCAGGAUGGGGCCCGACGGCACGCCGGUGCCGCGGUGGGCGGCGGAGUUCGACGGCUGGAUGCAGGAGGCGCUCCUCGGCGGGAGGCACGACGACGUGAAGCGGUGCGAGGAGAAGGCGCCGCACGGCAGGGUGGCGCACCCGUCGCCGGACCACCUCUACCCGCUGCACGUCGCGCUCGGCGCCGCCGGGGAGGCGGCCAAGGCGGAGCUGAUCCACCACAGCUGGACCAACGCCACGCUCUCCUACGCGUCGUACCGCUUCACCACCGCCGCCGACAGCUAAACCUCCGGCGCCGGCGUGCCGCUCGCCGCGUGCAGACGUGUAUCUGGCUGUAAAAUACUCCAAUUUGUAUCUCGAACAAUAACGCGCGUGUGCUUGUCUGUAUUUUUGUAACCUUGGUUUGGGCCGUGACCCAGCCUAUGUUGUUCACAUCUCUGCGUUAAAUUUGCUGUUCUUUGAACCCAAA